GAACAAGAAGUUAUUGAGCGCAGCCGCAUGUUAAAUGAAACGAUAACGACGUGGAAAGAAGAAAUACCGUACUGCUCAUAGCUGCCUCUCGUAGUCUUAGAGGUUGGACUUGGAUGCUAUAUAUCAAUGAUAUGCGUAUGUAUACAUAUGACCUGAGGAUUUAAUUCUCUCUCAAACCAACCAAAUCAGAUGGCUAUCCAGGACCACACUAUUUGACUUCUUCCUCUGCUCUGCUCAUCAUCAUCAAUUCAUCAAAAUCUCAUCCUUCCACGUUUUGCCUGUUUCACCGACACCUUCCAACAAACUAUAGAAUCCAACAUUAAUUACCAUCAGAAAACUCAACCGGGGAGGACCUUACGUCGGCCUCGUGACGGUCAUUGAGACCGAAGAAUAUGUUUUUCUCCGCAGCGUCGAUUUCAGACCCGACCCUACUCAUCCCUUCUUGGAUCUCUCUGGAAGACGAUUUCGAAUAGGGAAGAUUCACGAGAAAAAGGUUGUGUAUGUUAGAUGUGGGAGAGGAAUGGUGAACGCAGCAGCAGUAACACAACAGAUGAUAGAUGUGUUCAAUGUGAAAGGUAUUGUGCAUUUUGGUAUUGCAGGAAAUAUGAACAACUCAAUGUCCAUAGGAGAUGUGAGCAUUCCUAAGCAAAUCACCAAUGCUGGCUUGUGGGAUUGGCUGAAUCCAAACAACGCAAAGGGAGGUGAGGAUGCAGCGUCCUUAGAUAUCGGGAACUAUAAUAUUCCACAAGGAGAUGGCAACAAUGAGUUAGGAAGUCUCAGAUACGGUCAGGAGCAACUUUAUUCAGUCACUGGUCACAUCAAUUCACCUCAGAACGUGUUGUGGAUCAACACAACUCAAGAAUGGCUUCAUCUUGCAGCUGAUCUAGAGAAGAUGGAGCUGUCGCAUUGUGUGAAUGCAAGUUUGUGCCUUCCAAAGAAACCAAAAUUGGUGGUCGGAUUAAAAGCAGCUACAGCUAACAUAUUUGUGGAUAAUGCAGCUUAUAGAAAUUUCUUACACGAAACUUUUGGAGUUUCCUCCUCAGAUAUGGAGAGCUCUGCAGUGGCUAUGACGUGCGCAUCAAAUGGGUAUCCAAUAAUCGUGAUAAGGGGAUUAUCAGACUUAGCUGGAGUAGGAGGAGCUAACACAGUUCAUAAGUUUGGAUCUUUGGCUGCCACUAACACUGCCAAAGCUGUAUUCGAGUUCAUUAAGAAGCUCCCACUGUCCUAAUCUCUUAUCUUUGUAACAACCUAUCAUCAUGAUGUAUGUUUGAACCUAUGUGUUCUCUACUGAUCGUAACAAUGACACUAUACGGUAUUUAAGCAAAUGAAAACACUUGAUCUGA